AUGAAGAUGAUGAACCAGCUGUGGGCGUCCUGCUGGACGUGUCUCCUCCUCUCCAUGUUGCUGUGCGAGCCCGUGCUGUGCAAAGGAGGUCGCGGUGGCUCCAGGGGCUCCUCGCGAGGCACCUCCUCGCGCAGCUCAAACUUGGGAAAAUAUAACGGCGCCGGGACGCGCUCUCGUUACAGGUCCACGGGACGCUCGUCUCCGGUGCGCGUCGCGGCAGCAGCGGCAGCCGGCGCGGCGGUGGCGGUGGCGUUAACGGCGGACGGCUGGUACGCGUCCGCCUACCGCCGUACCAAGGCGGGCAGCUCGGAGGAAGAUUUGGAUUAUUACAACAACAACAACAACACCAAUUAUUUUGACGCUCUGAUGUCACGAUCAACCCAAAAUGUGUCAUCGCUCACCCAAGUUGUUUCUAUUAUCAUUGCUACAUUCUCUCCAGCAUAUGGAGCGAUUAUGGACAGUAUAUUUUAUUAAACACUCUG